AUAUGGAGCACAUACAACCAAGUGCGGUGCAGUCUAAACUAGCAAUGGUCACAGCAAAUUAUCGUUAUUAUUUAAUCAACACUGUCAAGUACAAGUAUAUUAAUGUUAUAAUAUUGUAGAGAACAAGCUAAUGAUGAAUUAUAUGUCAGUUUUAAUGACAUCAGGCAAAGAAAAGGACAUUUGGACAUGAAUUUUGUAGCUCCCUCUUGAAUUGACCAUUUCUCUCAACAUUCAUCAGAGGCUUUUAUCCAAAGCGAGUUACAAUAAAACCUGCUGUCGUUUAUGUAUGGGUGGUGACGGGAAUCGAACCCACUACCCCGGCGUUGCAAUCGUCAUGUUUUAUCAACGGAACUACGAAGGAGCACUUCAACGUCAAUAGAACACCUGAGAACAAUCGACUGGAAAAUGCCUGGGUGCUUUUCAAGACUGGCGGAGAGAAUGCGUGGACGUCUGCGGCCUACUGCGUCGACAGGUUCUUCAAACUCAUUUGUGGCUUGUUUUUCUUGUCUUUUUCUGUUUUGCAGGGUUCGUGAUCGUCGACAGAUGGACAGUGACAGCGACAUCGAAGAGGAAACAACUGUCCUGGAUGAGGUCCAGUUGGAUGUGUCAUUGGAUGUUCCACAGCUGCCAGUCCUUGAUGUCCAGAAUGCUGCUAUCAUCCUUGAGGAUGUGCCAGAUGUGCAGACUAUCUUUGAGGAGGCCACUGGCAAUUGGCAGUUGAUUCUGAUUAGGUUCAGCCCCCUGUACUGUGGGCCUGUUGUGAUCAGGAACAAUGCCGGUCCGGUGGUUAUAGCUUGGAGAACUUUCCAGUUCAUCAGCCCCAUCAUCACCUACAUGCGUGGGGGAUCCCAGCAGGUGGUGGUGAGGAUGCACCACGUGAGUAGGGUGAGAGGCCUGGAGACUCAACUGGUGUGGGCCAUCUCCAAGGAGACAGCCAGGCUUAGUCCAGAGGGCAUCCCCUACUGUGCCACCAAAGUGCAGUCCAUCACUUGGAUCCAGCGUGUGGCUGGCAGGGUGACCCACUAUGCGUCUCACCUCCGCCACGAGACGUCUGUGGACGUGACGCUUGGCUGCUACCAGCAGACUGAUGUCUCAGUGGUGUACACCACUCUCCACAUGGGGCUGGAUAGGCUUCUCUCCUCUUCAGCGUGGUCGGAGGCUGCCUCCUUCUCUACGCCCACCACUCAGCAUUUCACUGACCCAGAGCCUGAGGGCCACAACUGCUAUGAGGGCUGGGAGGAGGACCUGCUGCCUGAGGAGAGGGAGGUUCCUCUGCUAAACCUCUACCUUACCACCAAGAGAGUGGAGGACAUCGCCCUGAGGCUCGUCUCCCUGCGCCAGGCCUUCACUACCCUGCUUGGUUCCACCCUGAGCAGGAACCAUCUGUUUGUGGCGGGAAAGGUCCUCCUGGGCGCACUGGUUCAGGCCAACCACAUGGACGAGGCCAAGUUCAUAAGUACCUACAACAACUUUGUGGACUACCUGAGUGACCCCUCCAAGCGGAAUGACAUUGAGAGGGAGCUGGCUGAGGCAAAGAUCCAUCAUGUGAACAUGAUAGAUGUCCUCUUUGAGCUGGUGCUGUUUGGGAUGAUGACAGCUCAGAAGUCCCUGAUGGUGCAUCCUGGUGGGUUCGUGGAGCGUCUGUACGCUCUCCUGUACUCCUUCCUGCCCACUGCUGCCAACAUGGAGCCAGAGGCUGACAGAUACCUGCUGCAGCUCAGUGAUUUUUGUGACACUUUGCCACCCAACAGGGAUCUAGACACCAAUGCACUACAUUACUUUGCACUGAUUUUUACAUUUUUAAAUAAAAUAAGUUGUAGUUCAAAAACAUUUUGUUUGAUGCAUCUUAUUACUUUGUUUGGUCGUCACCCGAAAAUUCAGUCUCAGCCAAUGAUUGUUCAUAUCCUCCAUUCCUUACCUGACCCCUUACAGACGCAGAUGCCGGAUCCGAAGACAUUCAAGCAGCACUUUGAGAGCAAGCAUCCCAAGUCCCCAAUGCCUACAGAGCUGGUUGAUGUUGAGGCUUAA